AUGAAGGAAGUACGCUCGUUGCUAGUCGCUCGAGGUUUGUUCGGCUUCUUUGGAGUCUUCGGCAUGUACUAUUCUCUGAUGUAUCUGCCCCUGGCCGAUGCCACCGUCAUCACAUUCCUCUCGCCAUCGCUAGCUUGCUGGGCGUGCUCAUACUUCAUCAACGAACCAUUCACCAGGAUGGAGCAGAUAGCUGCAUACAUCUCGCUAUUCGGCGUCGUCUUGAUCGCAAGACCCGUCUCGUUAUUCUCUGCGCUAUCGCAUUCCAGCGACCCGGUUCCUGCCUCCGGUGGCUUAGACGCCAUUCCGACAAACGUCACUGCGACUUCGCCGGAUCGUCUCGCUGCGGACUACGAUGAUGUGACACCCACACAACGAGCAGCAGCAGUAGGGGUCGCGAUGUUGGGCGUGAUAGGGUCAACAGGAGCAUACACUACGAUCCGAUGGAUCGGCAAGCGCGCGCAUCCACUUAUAUCUGUCACGUACUUCGCAACAUGGUGCACGAUUGUUAGCGUAGUGGCAAUGGCUGUCAUGCCAGGCGUCGGCUUUCUACUUCCAAAAGGUCUUAAAGAUUGGUCCUAUCUGCUCUUUCUAGGCAUCUGUGGAUUCGUCAUGCAAUUCCUCCUAGCCGCGGGUCUCCAAUACGAGAAGUCUUCUCGCGCAACGAACAUGCUCUACAUGCAGAUGUUCUUCGCACUUGGAUUCGACAAGCUAAUUUGGGGUACAACGCCGAGUGCCUUGUCCAUUGUUGGAUCGUCGCUCAUCCUUGGUUCGGCUAUAUAUGUCGCAAUGAACAAGGAGCAGCCAAAGAAGGUAGCUGAGCCAGUGGGUAGAGGAGAUAGCGAAGAAGAAAGGGGCUUGAUGUCGCCGGUCUUUGAUGCCGAACGAAGAGAUGAGGAGGAUGCCGAUAUACAGAUGCGACCGCUGAGAUGA